AUGUCUACCCGCGCGUCGCGCCGUCCUCAGCAGAGCCCGUCCCUCACCUCCAUCGAGUCUCUCCUCCUCGCACAGGCUGCAUGGGAGCUCGGCGCUGGCCCAGCAUCCUGGCCUGCAGUUGCGAAACUCCUUUCAAAACACCCCUUGCUCUCGAGACCAAAAUCAUUCUUCUCUCCUCAGUCCUGUCAUUCGAUGUACGAGAACCUCAUGAAAGAGGCAGCUCUGGACAUAAAUGAAUCAAAUAAUGCACCUCAUGCUGCCGGGAAUUUGAGGCUAGCACAAAAGCACUAUCGUGCUCGCUUCCAAGAUCUGCGCGAACUCAUCUUGGCAGAAGAAUCCAAGUUCAAGACCAUCUUGAAGGAGAUUGAAGACAUACGAGCAGGGCUCUGGGAUAAGGCUGGGCAAGCGAGGACAUCCAAAGAGACGACUCCGGAGCCAGAAACUUCAGACCAAAAAGACACGUCCGCAGACCAACCUAUGGACGAUACAUUUGGCGGUUCGGACCUUAGCGGUGUCACAGAAUCGGUAGAGUCCUCUUCUUCGCCUCAGACGAAGCAUCAGGAUCGCCUCGGACCCGUUGAUUCCUCAACGCCCGAGAUCGAGCCGAGCGCACCUACGGAGGUGCCAGGAUUGGAUACCGAAACAGUCCCACAGGCUUUAUCACCGACCCCAACAGCAGAUAUUGUUGAAGAACCCGUUGAACUGGUUGCUGAAGUUGAAAAGCUUGAAGAAGUGGUAGAAACUUCGAACGAGCCGAUUACUCCACACGAUCCAUUGUUGCAGAAUGCGCCUGACAGCGAGACUGUCAAGGGCGACCAGGACCAAGAAAUGGAGGAUGUUCAAAAAACCGUCGAGCCCGGGCCGUCAGAGAUUAAGGACCGCGAUGCAGAACGUGUUAAACAACGAGAGGAGGAGGAAAUUAAGGAUGAAGAGUCAAAGGAGGAGGAGGAGGAAGGGUCUCAAGGAAGAGACGAACAGCUCAGUCACGAGCAAGACGAACAUGUGAACUCCCCCAAGGCGUCGGAACAUCGAGACAUAGAAGUGGUAGAAACAGAGUCGGAGCCCGUUCAUACCCCUGUUGCAGACGCCGCUGCCUCUGUUGACGUUGAACCCACCGCAGACGAGGGCCAAUCCUCAGGAGCAGAAGAGCCCAUAGCUCCAAGACGGCGCUCCACUCGACGUCGCAAGUCCUCCGCAGCGUCUGUCCCACCACCUGCUGCACGAACAAGAUUGCGGAAUCGCGUCCGUAUAUCAGAGUCUGAACCUCAAAAUGUGGACUCAGAGAAUGAUGUGGAUAUCGAGAAUAAAGAAGACACACCAGCCAUCGAGGAUGAAGUGUCGUCACCAUUCGACACUGGAACAUCACGACGCCGAGAUGGAAAAAGGAAGGCAUCUUUCAUGGAUGCAGCAGACUCUCCUCGGGACAAGAAACGGCUGCGAGAAGACUCAGAGCCUGCAGAAGAGGAGGAGCCAGAACCCGCAUUGCAUAACACGCGCACUCGCGUCACUCGCAACGCCAUACGAACGGAGGAGCAAGUGGCGCUGAAGCGCUUCCAGAAUGUUAUUGGCAUGCUGCACUCCCAAAUAUCCCAACACCGGAACGGCACCAUCUUCCACAACCCUAUCAAAAACUCUGAAGCACCAGAUUACCACGAAAUCGUGAAACGCCCUAUGGACCUGAAAACGAUCAAGACCCGUUUCAAGGACGGCAUCAUCGCGAACUCGCUUGAAUUCCAACGGGACAUCUAUCUCAUGUUUGCAAAUGCCAUGAUGUAUAACCGUCCUGGCUCUGAUGUCCAUGCAAUGGCAGAGGAUAUGAUGCUCGAAAGUGAGGGCCAGAUCAUUGCCUUCCGCCAGACGGAAGGGUUAGUCAAACGGGGGCAACGACCUUGA